AUGCCGCAGAGCACCCAGGACCAAUCUUCCUCCCAAGACUCUCAACAGGUCCGACCACAGGUUGGACCAGAUUCAGAUGCCGCGGCUGAACCCCACCCACCUCUCCCGUGUCUGACAGCGCCUACCAGGUUCAGAAGCACACUUCCUCUAGAGCCUCAAUACCGGAACCACCCCCACUUCAUACGCCAAGUAUAUGGCGCUAUCAUAACAAACAAAUUUCGCAUGCGAUAUGCAGAGAAAGUGUCUGGACUCCCCAAGGGUUCAAUCAAGACCUACCAGGAAGCUCAGGUCAUACUCGCAAGAAGGCAUCCGCUCCAAGGGCUUGUCAAUGUGCAGGUGCGGUGGAAGGUCCCGAAGAAUGACCCCCAUGAGGUGUGGCCCAUUGCGAUUAUUGAGAGGUUUGUCCCCGUCAUUCCCAUGAGCGGGGACUGGGAGGGUGAAGACAUAGGUUUGGAGAUCGCCGAAGGGAAUCAGGCGCUCACGGUGGAGGAAGUAGAGGAAAGGAUCAAGGAAAAGACAAGGGAUAUGAUGGGCUUGCGAGGACUCCUGCGGUUCAGGUGGUUCAAUUUGUAUGAGCUCGAGUCAGAGGGUCAAGUAGAUGACCCAGAUGCGCUCUGGAAGAACAAUUUUAGGGAUGAAUGA